AUGGUCCGCCUCAGCCAUCUGGCCAGCUACCUGACCCUGGCAGCGGCGACCGCCAGCGCGGCCGUCGUCGACCUGGUCCCCAAGAACUUCGACGAGAUCGUCCUGCAGUCCGGCAAGCCGGCGCUGGUCGAGUUCUUCGCCCCCUGGUGCGGCCACUGCAAGAACCUGGCCCCGACCUACGAGGAGCUCUCUCAGGCCUUCGCCCACGCCACCGACAAGGUGACCGUCGCCAAGGUCGACGCGGACGAGCACCGCGACCUGGGCCGGAAGUUCGGGGUCCAGGGCUUCCCCACGCUGAAGUGGUUCGACGGGAAGAGUGACACUCCGGAAGACUACAAGGGUGGACGGGAUCUCGAGAGUCUGUCGGCGUUCAUCACGGAGAAGACGGGCGUCAAGCCCCGCGGCGGUGCGGCCAAGGAGCCCAGUGCCGUCGAGAUGUUGACGGAUGAGACGUUCGGGAAGGUCGUGGGUGGGGAGAAGGAUGUUCUGGUCGCGUUUACGGCGCCUUGGUGUGGGCACUGCAAGAACCUGGCUCCGACCUGGGAGACGCUGGCGAACGAUUUCGCGCGCGAGGCCAAUGUGGUGAUCGCCAAGGUCGACGCCGAGGGCGAGAACAGCAAGGCCACCGCCAAGGCCAACGGCGUGACGGGCUACCCGACCAUCAAGUUCUUCCCGCGCGGGUCCACGGAGGCGACCGUGUACAACGGGGCGCGCUCGGAGCAGGCCUUCGUCGACUUCCUGAACGAGCACGCCGGCACCCACCGCGCCGUCGGCGGCGGGCUCAACGCCCAGGCCGGCACCAUCGCCGCGCUGAACGAGCUGAUCGUGGCCGGUGGCCCCACCUCCGCCACCCUGAAGGAGGAGAUCAAGAAGGCCGCCGAGGGCUUGACCGACCAGUACGCCCCGUACUACGUCAAGGUUGCCGACAAGCUGAGCCAGAACGCCGAGUACGUCACCAAGGAGCUGGCCCGCUUGGAGAAGAUCCUCGCCAAGGGCGGCUCCGCCCCGGAGAAGCUGGAUGAUCUCGUCUCGCGCAGUAACAUCCUGCGCCAGUUUGUUCUGGAGGAGGCCCACGAGGAGAAGGAUGAGUUGUAG